AUGAUACUGCGACGACGCGUCUGGUUUCCCUUCGUCAUCGCGACGCUGGUCCUCUUUUUCUACUAUUCCUGGAUCACUCAGGGUGGCUACGGGUUAACUGGCUCUAGAAGCGCGUCUCAAAAUCCUCUGUUUAUCGCCAAGGCUAUAGAGGAUGACAACUAUUUCUGGCGGAAACUGCCAACCGGCAAGCCACGUACACUUCCUAGGAUUCAAAAAGCCUUUGGGAAGGAAUUGAGUAAAGACGCUAACAUUCGUCGGGGACGCCAAGAUGCCGUCAAAAAGGCGUUUGCCCGUUGCUGGAAGUCUUAUAGGUCUAGGGCCUUCAAGAGCGAUGAGCUAGCUCCCAUCAGCGGCAAGUCCAAAGAGUUGUUUGGAGGCUGGGGGGCUACGUUGGUCGACAGCUUAGAUACACUAUGGAUUAUGUCGAUGCGGUCCGAGUUUGAAGAAGCCGUGACAGCUGCGGUCCAAAUCGACUUCACGACUUGUGUGAUAGAGACUGUAAAUGCUUUCGAGACUGCAAUUCGCUAUCUGGGAGGUUUCCUUGCUGCUUAUGACUUAAGCGGCGACCUACGAUUGCUACGCAAGGCUAGGGAAGUCGGAGAUAUGCUAUACAAGGCGUUCGAUACGCCUAACCGUAUGCCGAUAUCUCGUUGGGACUUUGAGAAUGCUAAGAAAGGAGGGAAACAGGUUGCUCCCGAAAUGGAAUGGCUUGCUGAGGUCGGCUCGUUCAGCAUGGAGUUUACGCGUCUAUCUAUGCUGACUGGAGACCCGAAAUGGUAUGACGCAGCCGAGAGGAUCAGAAAGGCCCUCGAAGAGCAGCAGAGCGCCACUCAGCUGUCUGGUAUGUGGCCGUUCGCGCUUAAUCCUCGAGACAUGAAUUUCAACAGCGAUACCACGUUUGGGCUCGGGGCUCUCGCAGAUAGCACUUAUGAGUAUCUGCCGAAGAUGUACGCUAUGAUGGGUGGGCUUAUGCCUUCGUACCAGUCUAUGUAUGAGAACUCGAUGAAAACUGCUCUUAAGCAUCUUCUCUUCCGACCCAUGGUUCCGGACACGGCGGACAUCCUAAUAUCAGGGACCAUGCAUAUAGAGAGCAAAGACGGGAAGAAAGCCCUAAACUUAGAGUACCAAGGUCAGCAUCUGGUCUGCUUCGCUGGUGGAAUGCUCGCAGUCGGCGGGAAGCUAUUCGAGAAGCCGGAACAUCUAGAAGCGGCUACGAAGCUCGUAGACGGGUGUAUUUGGACGUACAACGCAAUGCCGCUUGGAAUAAUGCCUGAGACCUUCUUCAUGGAGCCUUGCAAGUCGGACAAGGAAUGCGAGUGGGACGAGUUGGUGUGGAAGCGUGCUGUUUUGCGAGAAGCAGGCGAGCAGGAUUUAGACAACAUGGAAAAGGCGGACGAGAUAAUCGCCCAGUCCAGGCUUCCGAAGGGGUUCACGAAGAUCCCCGACCCGAGUUACCUCCUACGGCCGGAAGCCAUAGAGAGCGUUUUCAUUCUAUAUCGAAUCACCGGUCGCCAAGACCUGCUCGAGUCUGCUUGGGUUAUGUUCGAGUCUAUCCAGAUGAGUACUAAGACAUCAUUGGCGAACGCAGCCCUGGACGACGUGACGGUUCAUGGUGAUCCUCCGAAGAAGGACUCGAUGGAGAGUUUUUGGAUGGGCGAGACUUUGAAGUAUUUUUAUUUGAUCUUCAGCGAGCCUGAUCUCAUUAAUUUAGACGAAUGGGUUUUCAACACCGAGGCCCAUCCAUUUAAGAGAUUAGUGUGA